AUGCCGUUCUGGAAGAAUUACAUUUACACCAAGCCGGAGGUGGACGAUGACGAUUUGCCGCAGGUGGAGUACCGCCUAUUCGACGAUGAGGGCAGGAUGAGGGAUGACAACGUAGCGGCGAUGGCGGUCACCGCGUGGCGCAGGUCAUCGACAUCCUCGAAAGCAUCCGCAAACGCGAAGAAAUCGCCACCUCAGUCGCAGAAGAAGCACGCGUCUCUGCUGAAGUCUGUCGGCGCGAAGCUGACGACUCCGCUCAAGGAGGCAGACUUGAAGGACUCCCCGCACUCGCCCAGCAAGGCCGCCUCUCGCUCCCCGCACGCCAGCAGGUUGGCGGCCAGCUCGCCAGCCAAGUCGCCAGAGCCGCAGCCGGUGACUUCCGCGAGCAGCACGCCGCGCAAGGCCAGCCCGAAGAAAGCGCCGCUCAAGAAGAUCUCUCCCAAGAAGUCAUCGAAGCAAUCGUCGCCGAAGAAGGCCGCCUCCCGAUCCCCGGCCCGCGCGCGCUCUCCUUCGCCGACGAAGCCCAAGCCGGCGACAAAGACGUCAGCCCGCCGUCGGCGUUCUCGCUCCCGCUCGAACUCGCGGCGCAAGGCCGCGACGGCGCCUUCCAAAACGCCGAGCCCAAAGUGGACACUCGCCGCGUUGAAGGAGUUUGCGAAGGACAACUCGAUUCAGUUGAAGGGGGCCAAGACAAAGGCGGACAUCCUCGGCACCAUCCACGGCUCCCCGUAG